AACGAUGAGUUUCUUCAAACAACUCAAACUUUUAUUGAGACAAAAGAUUUUAUUAAGAAAACGACAGCCAACAACUUUAUUCUUGGAGCUCUUCUGGCCGGCCAUUGUUUUUCUGGCCGUACUUACCGUCAGAUUACAGUUUCCAGCAGUCAAUCGGCAGACUUGUUAUUAUAACUCAAAAGCACUUCCGAGCGCCGGAUCUGUCAAUUUUUGGCAGUCAUUUGUAUGCAAUGUUGACAACCCUUGCCUUAAUUCAAGCUCUUAUAAUGAGAUCCCAUAUUAUCCAAAUGCCAGAAUCCAUAAAUUGGUGGAUCAAUUAUCUCCAUUGAUAAUUGAGAAAAAUGUGACGUCAGUUAUCCGCGAUUUGCCGAAAGGUAUUCAACUUAUCGGUACAAUUGUGGAUAUGCUGUCACAGUCACCACUUAAAAGUACAAUCGAAACUGGAUUUCCAUUUAUGGAUAUAUUGAUGGACUCCGGGACUGAAAAGAUUAGACCACUUCGUAAUAAGACAUCGAGAAGUAGUAAAUCGAUGGAUACUUUAGAGCUGUUGGCUUUGACUAAAGCACAUCUACACAACUCAGAGAUGAGAUCAGCACUCAAUAGUUUGAAAGAAGCUAUAAAAGCAAUGCCUUAUAUUAAAGGAUUUGUGGCAAAUGUUUCACAAUCUCUUAAUUUGGAUGAAGAAUUAGAUAAAAUAGACCUAAAAGGAGAUCCAAUUGAAUUGCUUGGAUCCCCUCACGCGUCAACUAUUUUGGGUAAACUGAUGUGCGGACAAACAUUGCCAGCGCUGAGCAAAGAGAUGCAACUCAUGAAAGUAGUGGUAAAAAAGCCAAAUAUCAAUGAAGCGGACGCGGCAUCACUUGCCAGUAAGUUUUGUCAACACGGGUACAGACAAAUAAUGCAGAUGCAGGGCGGACCUGUCAUCUGGGCUUUUCUUAAACCUAUUUUGGCCGGAAAAGUACUUUACACACCUAAAAAUGAUUUAACCGACUCUAUUAUGGCCCGAAUGAACAAAACGUUUGCAUUUAUGUCUGAAUUUGCUGAUGUAUUACAUGCCUGGGCGCAGACCAUUAGCUCACUAAAAGACUUCUACAAAGAUCCGAAUGCCAAUCAACGACUUAGAAGUCUUAAACAUUUUAUCGUUCAGUUUUUGGGUCGAGAAUUUGAAGGCAUUUUUGAUGACACCGAAACUUUUAACUUAAUUGAAAAAAUGGCAAAAUCGGGAGCAAUCUUAGGUUUGGUUCAGAUGGCGGCAAAUGUUGCACAAUGUGUUCAUUUGAAUAGAUUUGUUGGUCUCUCUAAUGAACUGGAGUUAGAAAACAUGGCCCGAAAAUUAACAAAAUCACAUGAAUUUAUAGCUGGUAUUGUAUUCAAUAAUAUGGAUACACACCCAUUGACAGCACAUCCCUUAAAGUUAUCCCACAAUAUAGAGUAUAAGAUCCGUAUUGACAUUGACUUUGUGCCGUCAACUAAAGCUUUAAAAUCACGCAUUUGGGAACCGGGACCUCGAGAUAAUUAUAUCACUGAUUUGGGUUAUUUGAAAGGAUUCGUUGAAAUACAAGAAAUGGUUGACAGAGCUAUUACAUCUGUUUUAAUUAAUGACACUAAACUACUAAUUGAACCGGCAGUCCAUUUGCAACAAUUUCCAUACUUGUGCUAUGAUAUCGAUAAGUUUGGAAACUAUAUACGAGCUCUUUCACCACUAAUAACAACAAUUGCUUGGAUUUUUUUAAUCGCUUAUUUAAUAAGAGAACAGGUUCUUGAAAGGGAACUUCAUCUCGAAGAAGUACUUAGAGUAAUGGGACUUAAACCAGGAGUUGCUUGGAUGACAUGGUUUCUAUUAGGACUCAUAGUAAUGGCGUUUGGGACCCUUUGUGGGCUUACAUUACUUAAAUUGGGAGGACUUAUACCAAAUUCAGAUCCCGUACUCUUAUAUAUAUUCUUUAUGUCGUUUUCUUUAUCAUUGAUAAUGUAUUGUUAUAUGAUGAGUUCAUUUUUCAAGACGGCAACCAUUGCAGCUCUCUCUGGAAUCGUUGGAUAUUUGGCCUCAUUCUUACCAUUUAUGGUGGCCAUCACUCUUGAAAAUGAAAUGUCAUAUAUUCACAAAGUGCUUACUUGUUUUUCAAUGUCUGCAUCAUUUUGUUAUGGCAUGAUGUAUAUGUCCCGGUUUGAGGUGCAAGGUGUCGGUAUGCAGUGGACAAACCUAUGGCACAGUCCAAUGCAAGCGGACACUAUGAAUGUGGGAACGGCAAUGAUAAUGAUGUUUGUCGACUCGAUAUUAUAUUUUGUAAUUGCAUGGUAUAUAUCACAUGUUUGCCCUCCCGGUAAUAACGCGCACCGAUACCCCUGGUAUUUCUUUUUGACGUACAACUACUGGUGUUGUAAUAUUCACAAUACAUCCAAAAGCAAAUCUAAGACAACUAUCCAAAGCGCUGAUCAACAACGUAAUGGUAAAAUUGGUAACACCAAUGGCUACGGAAAUAAUCCGGGAAUUCAAUUGCAAGGCCUUUAUGUGAUAUUUAAUAAAAGUAGCAAAAAGUGCAAACAUGUGGCCGUCUCUAACCUAAGUCUCAGUCUUAAAGAGGGACAAAUCACAACUAUGUUGGGCAGGAAUGGCGCCGGAAAGACAACAACUAUCAAUGUCCUGACCGGUCAAUUGCCACCAACGGCCGGCUCUGUCUAUAUUUAUGGACAUCCUGUACCCGAUGAGUUUAUGCAGGCCAGGAAACUAUUGGGAUAUUGUCCUCAAUAUAAUACCUUAUUUAUGAAUAUGACUGUUAGAGAACACUUACAGUUCUAUUCGGAUCUUAAGGGACUCUUAAAUGAAGAUGAAAUUGAAGAAGACAUCAAUAAUAUGUUACACAGCACAGGACUCUGGCAUUUACAACACCAUCUCGUCAGACAUUUAUCGGGUGGACUUCAGCGAAGAUUAUGCGUAGCACUGGCUUUUGUCGGCGGAUCUAAACUAAUCAUUUUGGAUGAACCCACGGCAAGUGUGGAUCCAGUGGCACGAAGAAGUAUUUGGGAUCUAAUAGUUCAACAAAAACAAAGUCGAACAGUACUGUUGACAACACACCACAUGGAUGAGGCAGAGAUAUUAAGUGAUGAAGUGGCUGUCAUUCAUAGGGGAAAAUUACUUUGUAUUGGAUCACCACUACUUCUUAAAAGCAAAUAUGGCUGCGGAUAUCAAUUGACAGUUUCAAGACAAGGAAAUGAUGAUGGUGAUAAUGAUUCAGGCAGAUCAUCCAAUGGACCAACAGAAGAGUCCAGUGAUGUCGAAAGAUUGAUGGCAUUCACUAAAUGUCUUAUACCUAAUGCAACCUUUGUUGAAGACUACGGUCAAGAAGUCAUUUUGACACUUCCACAACAUGGUUCAUAUGGUGUGGCCCACGAUUACGCCACCUUUUUUAAGUGUUUGGACGCCAACAUCCAUGCUCUGGGAUUUGGAAACUAUGGACUGACGAGUACUACUCUCGAAGAAGUAUUCCUUACACUUUGCAAUCUUGAAGAGUCACAUAUGCCUAUGGAAGCGGCAAAACUAGCCGUCGCCAGAAAGUUCAGUCAACCCCUCAAUAAUGAAGAGAAUAGUCACGAUAUGCGUAUGAAUUUGGACCCAACUAUGGACUGGAACUGUCCAGAGCUGGUCACUGGAGUUCAGCUUAAAUUCAAACAAUUAUGUGCUCUUCUUAACAAACGAUUCACUCAUACAUUAAGAGAUUGGAAGACAUUAUUUUGUACGCUAUUCCUUCCCUGUAUUUUCAUAGCAUUUGCAAUGGGAAUGACAUUAAUUAAGCCAUCCUUUGCACCGGAUCCGGCUCUUCCACUAAUGCCCACAAUCUAUGGUCAAUCAAGUGUUUCAUUUUAUAGUGCAAUCAAUUCAUCACAAAAUAGCAAAUUAAUAGCAAAUGAAUUAAUCAAAACAAAACCAAAAAUUCCUGAUUGUUUAAAACCUCGAGAAAAUUGGAGAGUAUCUAAGUGUCCAGUUUUAACAGAACUUCCCUCAGAAACAAAUUAUCUACCGAAGCACUUAAAGACGUUAUCAGGAGAUGCCUGGACUACUAAUGCUAAACUUUGUCGAUGUAAUGAAUGUAACACUGAUAUGACAUCAAUGACUCCUCUAAUUUCAAGUCCAGCACUUACUGGACACGGAUUUGUAUAUGAUUUGAGUCGUGUAAAUGUCAGCCAAUUCUUGUUAAGAACUUAUUCCGAAUUUAUGGACAGACGUUGGGGUGGUUGGAGUUUCCAUAAUAAUGAUAAUAAUAUGACAACAAAGAGUCAACAAAUAGUUAAGAUCUGGUUUGAUAAUAAUGGAUAUCAUAGUUUGCCAUCUUAUUUAAGUGCUGUUAAUAAUGCUAUUAUGAGAGCAAAUCUCAAAGUCGCUGGUAUUGACAAUUCAAGUCAAUAUAGAAUUACCACAUAUUCGCAUCCAUUGCACAUAAGGUCGAGUCAAUUGGGAGACCAGUCACUAAUGCAAAGGGCUGGGGAUGCGGGCAUUGCACUCAUUAUUUUGGUUGGAUUUAUUUUUAUCCCAACCAGCUUUGUCUUCUAUAUUGUAAGGGAACGGACCUUUGAGGAGAAACAACUGCAACGUAUCUUUGGUGUGGGAACUGUACUCUACUGGUUGUCAUCUUUGUUAUGGGAUUUGAUAUCAUUGAGUGUUGCAAUUGGUUUCUCAGCUAUAAUAAUAUCAUGUUUUCAAUUGCCUAUAUAUGUGGCUCAUCUCAAUCUACCGGCUGUAUUGACGCUAUUAUUUCUGUUUGGUUGGGCUAUGACUACAUUAGUCUAUUUAAUGGAGAAGCUGUUCAAUGAGGCCAGCAUUGCAUUUAUGGUCAUAUAUUGUUUAGCACUAUUCAUUGGAAUCAAUACAAUGAUUAUGAGAUUACUUAUUGAUGUGUUUAAGUUGAUUGAAGUGAGUCCUGUAUUUCAAUCAACAUUUGAUAGGAUAGCCAUUAUCUUCCCUCCCUAUGCCUUACUAAGUGGUUUAGUUGAUAUACAUAGAAACCAACUGUUCGCUGAUAUAUUUAAGUUAUUUGACCAGGACACUUAUGUUAACCCAUUCUCAAUGCAAAUGUUAGGUCCAUAUUAUAUAACACUUGCUGUCGAAGGAAUCAUACUAUUUAUAGUGAAUCUAAUACUCGAAUACUUUAACUUUUCUUCAUAUAAAACAAAACAAAUAAUCAAAUCUAUUGUUAACAAUGAAGACAAUGAUGUGGCCGAAGAAAGAAAGAAAGUACACCUCAAUGAAACCAAUAGCGAUAUAUUAAAGAUCGUCGGACUCACUAAAGUCUUUCAAAGUAUGUUUGGAAAACGUAUUGCCGUCGAUAACGUCAGCUUUUCGGUGCCACGCGGAGAGUGUUUUGGACUAUUGGGAGUCAACGGAGCCGGAAAAACAACUUUAUUCCGUAUACUGACGGGACAAUUGAAGCCAACGACUGGUCAGGCGAUCAUCAAUAGCAAAGACAUUCGGAAAAUUUUAUCAUCAAAUUACCAAUCAUUGGGUUAUUGUCCUCAAGCGGAUGCACUCGACUUUGUUCUCACUCCUUAUGAACAUUUGACUAUUUAUUCACAUCUUAGAGGAAUACCUACACAACAUAUACCAACUAUUGUCAAUGAAUCGUUGGCUAAAUUUCAAUUGAUGCCACACUCGCAGAUGCCUGUAUUGGCACUGAGUAGAGGUAAUCGUAGAAAACUAUGUUUGGCAAUAGCUAUGCUCGGGAACCCACAACUGGCACUUUUGGAUGAACCGACCAGUGGUCUCGACCCUCAGAGUCGGCGAUAUAUUAUUCAGAACAUUCAAAAUGCAGUCAGAGAUCGGAGAUCAGUACUGUUGACAUCACACAGUAUGGAAGAGUGUGAUAUCCUAUGUUCCCGAUUGGCAAUUAUGGUUAACGGACGCUUCAAAUGCAUUGGAAGUCCACAGUAUUUAAAACAUAAGUUUGGUUCGGGAUAUUUGAUAACUUUACGACUUCACGAGUCUGAGAACAAUCACUCGGAUGCCAUCACUUUUAUGAACCAAUAUUUCCCUUCCUGUGUCCUCAGAGCACAUCACCACACAAUGUUAGAGUUUAGUCUACCCUACAAUCACAUCCCUUUGUCGACAAUUUUCGAUAACUUACAAAAAGGACAACAGAAACUUAAUUUACAAGACUUCUCUGUUAGUCAAACAUCAUUAGAUCAGGUUUUUGUGAGUUUUGCUAAUCAACAGAUCAAUGAUUAUCAGUCACCGAUCCCUUCCAAGCAAAACACUGUUUACUCAAAUCCUGCAUUUAUUAGCUCUUCAGAGAACUUAAAUGCAAACAAAAAACAAGCCAUGGAUUACACUGUCAGAAGUAGAGGUCGUUUUCCUGAAGACAAUCACUACAUGAGAGCUAAUAAGAAAGUAAACCAUUGGAAGACAUGUGAAAAUACCACUCAGUUUUAA